CUGCGCAGUUGUGGCUCUUGCGUCGGAGUCGGCGCUCCUUCCGUCUCCCACUUCUUCCGGUCGGGGGGAAACGGGAGUGACCUGGUGUGUUCGUCGCCAGGGCAACGUUGCUGGACGGGUGAAGCACGAUUCAGUGUUUUGUUAGCUUGAACUCAGUAUCUGACAUUGUGAAGAAGAUGGUGAAUGUUUUGAAAGGGAUACUUAUAGAAUGUGACCCCGCGAUGAAGCAGUUCCUGCUGUACCUAGAUGAAUCGAAUGCCCUGGGAAAGAAGUUCAUCAUACAAGACUUAGAUGAAACCCAUGUCUUUGUGUUGGCUGAAAUGGUUAACUUCUUGCAAGAGAGAGUGGGAGAAUUAAUGGACCAGAACUCUUUUCCUAUUACACAGAAAUAAAAAAAUGAGGCUGGAUAUGGAUACACAUCAAACUGAAAGCCUGUAAAUUUUUCUGUGAAUUAAUU